GCGUCCAACGGCCACAUUUCAAACUAGAAUGGCGACCGCUGUGUGCGGUCUGCAGUCCAACGGCAGCAGCGGGAAACCGGCGAAGAUUCACCGAGAACACCGGCGGAAAGCGAAGGACUCGAAGCGGAGACAAGCGGCUCUGUUGUUCCUCAACAACAUCUCACUCGACGGGCGGCCCCAGUGUCAGAUAAGCGAUGAAAAUACCGAGCAAGAACCCGCCGAAGAGCAGCGACUCAGGGACCGAGACGGCGCCGCGGUCGUGCCCCUACCGGCGGACUGCCAAGGACCGGCGGCCGAGGUGACAGAGCCCGCGGCGGGGGGCAGCGGCUCGUCCUCCGGUGUACCAGCGGUGGUCAGUCCCACCCGGCUUUCUUUGGUAAUGUCUCCAGGACUUGCUGUGGGAGCUAACGAGGUAUUUUUGGAGGGUGUCAGUGCGGCCGAGACGCUAACCCCGGACACCCCCAUGUCCCCGGUCCCCGCCGGACACCAGCCCUGCUCCCGGGUCCGGUCCACGCCCGCCGCACUGAGCCCGGUCCCGGCCGGUAAUUCUGUGGAUUCACGACCGAGGUUGAGGAACGUCUCCGGUUCUCCUGGACCCAAGGUGCCAAAGAAAGUCCACUUCAUAAAGAGUAUGAGGCAGUACGAUACCAGGGGAUGCAGGAUCGUGCUGAUUUGUGCCAAGCGGUCGCUAUACGCUGCUUUCUCAGUGCUGCCCUAUGGAGAGAGUGCUCACCUCAGUGAUCCUAAGCUGGAGGCUCAGAGACAAAGGCUGUCUUCUGUGGUGGCCGCUGACCUGCUUCCUUGCCUGGAGGGCGUGGAGCUGGGAUCCUGCGGAAAGACGGUGUCCUACGCUCAGUUCCUUUACCCGACCAAUGCCUUGGUGAGACAGAAGAGCGGCGGCCCGCCAGAGAACUGCGCGGCUCAGACCCCUCAGUCGCGUUUCCGUGGCAAUGGGCAGAGGAACUUCACCCCCGCUCGUCUGAACAACAGUGUGCCGCAGGAGCCAUGUGUAGAGGAGGUGACGGAGUACGAUCCUAACCUGCUCAGCGACCCUCAGUGGCCCUGCGGGAAACACAAGAGGGUUCUGAUAUUUGCAUCAUACGUGACGACUGUUAUUGAGUAUGUGAAACCAUCAGACCUGAAGAAGGACAUGAAUGAGACUUUCAAGGAGAAGUUUCCUCACAUCAAGCUGACUCUGAGCAAGAUAAGAAGCCUGAAGAGGGAUAUGCGGGCCGUGAGCGAGGAGUUCGGUCUGCAGCCGGUCACCACUGCGAUGGCUUUUGUUUACUUUGAGAAGCUCGUGCUGCAGGGUCGCCUCAACAAGCAGAACAGGAAGCUGGUGGCAGCGGCGUGCGUGCUGCUGGCUGCAAAGAUCAGCAGUGAUCUGAGGAAGCCAGAAGUCAAACAGCUCAUUGAUAAGCUGGAGGAGCGUUUUCGUAUAAACAGACGAGAGCUGAUUCCUCUGGAGUUCCUGGUGCUGGUUGCCUUGGAGAUGGGACUUUACCUCCCCGAGAGCAAGGUCAUGCCGCACUACCGCAGGCUGGUGCAGCAGGGUUAAGACUGGAUGCGGUGAUGUCUGACACUCCGGCGGUUUCAUUAAUAACAUCAGCAAGUUAUGUGUGUGUGGUGAAGUAAUUAGGACUUUGAAUCAGAACUGAUCGUGUGUGUGUGUGUGUGUGUGUGUGUGUGGACCAGUAAAUAAGCUGUGGUGUUUGAAACAGAUGAUUCUGGUACUAUUUAUUUUCUGUUAGUCACCAACUGUAUAUGUGUCUCCCUGAAUGUCUUUUUAAGCGUUUGUACGUGUGACGUUCUGAUGUCGAUCCAGUGAUGAGCUCUACGUUAGAGAUGUUCAAUGAGCACGUUAAUUGUGCUUUUAUUUUGGUGUCUCGUGACCCUUUUUUCGGUACAUCCUGUUUAUUCUUCACCUACUAUUUAAAUGAAAUGUAACGCUGUGAUGUUUUGUUUGUGGAAAACUCUACUCCUGCACCUUUUUCUCAUUACUAUACACCGUCUGUAUAGUAUUUAUUAUAAAAUAUAAAGAACCAUGCUGUUGAUUUUUUGUAAAUGCCUUUUUAAAUCCACUGUGACAUUGCAGCAUUUUUAGCCAUUAACCUGAAACAUGAUACUGUAGAUUGUGGGUGAUCUUUUUUGUUUUGUUUUAGUAUGUUAUUAGAGGAAUGAAGUGGCCUUUUAAUUUAUGUUAAUUCAAUAUUUAUACGUCACAUAUUGUUCUUGAAUAGAAAGAAAAUAUAAAUUCACACUUGUGGCAGCUCUGUGUUCAGACUGAUAUACAGUAUAACCACUGUGGUGUCACAUUUAAGGAAACGGGAUUGUGGAGGCGUAUUAUUUUAAGUAAAUUGUUGUUUCAUGUCGUUACCCAGGGAUAUGUUGUUUUUUUGUAAAAUGCACUGGAAUUUAUUUCUCAAUAGUCUGGCUAGUUGUUGUCGUACUUUUCGGUUCUCAGGAAUUUUACUUUCUCAUAUCUUUUGAAUGGCUCAUAAACUCUAACCCAAAGAGAAGUUUAAAAGUUGUUACUGUAGCUCUAUCACUAAAAUCACCUUCGCUCCGUUAUAGGUCAAUGGAAGGUGAACUGAUUGUAGUGCUUCAACAGAACAAGAAAUCCAACCAUUGUGACUCUUUUUAAGUAUGUGAACAGAUGUUAUGUUGAGUUGCUUCUACAAGUGCUAGACGGUAUUAAUCUGACUGCAGCACUCGUUGUGUAGUAACUCUUCUGAUUGGGAGGCCAUUACGUGUACAAGUAUGGAAGAAGAAAAAAAAAAGUGCCUAAAAAUGCAGUGGCAGUGAAAUUGUUAACCAUCUAAUCAUGUGUGAUAUUUAGCGUUUGACAUUUCGUAAGUCUUGCUGCUGUAGAGAAUCUUUUUAAAUGUUGAGGUUGUUCUUGUCUGGGGAAGAUAAUGGACAUUAUGGUGAUUCAGUCUGUGUCUGCAGUGGUGAAAAAUGUAUUACAAUAAACGUCCAAAUGUGUGUAACCGCAGAAAAUGUUCUACUUGUAUGGUUGGUGUCAAAUGCGUGAAUAUUCAUUGUUUUCAUACUGUAAAAUGAAUGUUUUUGAAAUAUAUUUUCAGACACUGAAAA